GUGUUUCCAAGAACAAAAUCCCCUCAACCCCCCGAUUUUUUCUUCCUCUGUUUGCGUUUGCGUCCUAUUCUCCCAACGUGAUAUCUGAGACAUUCGACGGAGACACAAUUCCACGUGCGCCUCGGCAAGCUGCAAGCAAGCUCCAAGCUGUUUUUAGCCGAAGCUUGAGCUUAGCUCCCUGCGCUGAGCAAGACGACCAAACCCCCAACCCCACCGACAAGGCUUCCCUUCUAAAAACGCCCCGCCCUGGCCGUCACGCCGCGAAACAUCCCACUUCCAACUUCUUGCUGCCAUUGACCCUCGGAAUCGACAGCAGUUGAACCCAAGAUGUCCGACGGAAAGCCUGUCGAGAUCGUCGAGGAGGCCAUUGAGGAUAUUGAGGAUGGCGAGCCCCCCAAGGAGGCCCAGACGGUCCACCGGAUCAGGGCCAACUCGACCAUCAUGCAGUUGAAGAAGAUUCUUGUUGCCAACCGUGGUGAAAUCCCCAUCCGCAUCUUCAGAACCGCUCAUGAGCUGUCUCUUCAUACUAUUGCUGUCUUUAGUUAUGAGGACCGUCUCUCGAUGCACCGGCAGAAGGCCGAUGAGGCAUAUGUUAUUGGCAAACGCGGACAAUAUACCCCUGUCGGAGCCUACCUGGCCGGCGACGAGAUCGUCAAGAUCGCUGUUGAGCAUGGCGCUCAGAUGAUUCACCCCGGCUACGGCUUCCUCUCCGAAAAUGCUGGAUUUGCACGCAAGGUGGAAGAAGCUGGUCUGAUCUUUGUCGGUCCCUCUCCGGAAGUGAUUGACUCCCUCGGUGACAAAGUGUCUGCGCGGACACUCGCCAUUGCAGCGGGCGUUCCGGUCGUUCCUGGAACCGAAGGCGCGGUUGAGAAGUUCGAGGAGGUCAAGAGCUUCACGGACCAAUAUGGCUUCCCCAUCAUCAUCAAGGCCGCGUAUGGAGGUGGUGGCCGUGGAAUGAGAGUCGUGCGUGACCAGGAAUCUCUCAAGGAGGCUUUCGAAAGAGCUACCUCGGAGGCCAAGACGGCGUUCGGAAACGGCACUGUUUUUGUCGAGCGCUUCCUCGACAAACCAAAGCAUAUCGAGGUUCAGCUUCUCGGAGACAACCACGGCAAUAUCGUCCAUCUCUACGAGCGCGACUGCUCAGUCCAGCGGAGACACCAGAAGGUCGUCGAGAUUGCCCCGGCUAAGGACCUGCCAACCGAGACCCGGGAUGCCAUCCUGAACGAUGCGGUCAAGCUCGCCAAGUCGGUCAACUACCGCAACGCCGGUACCGCCGAGUUCCUGGUCGAUCAGCAGAACCGCUACUACUUCAUCGAGAUCAACCCCCGCAUCCAGGUCGAGCACACUAUUACCGAGGAGAUCACCGGUAUCGAUAUUGUGGCCGCCCAGAUCCAGAUCGCAGCAGGCGCCACACUGGCCCAGCUUGGCCUGACACAGGAUCGCAUCUCCACCCGCGGCUUUGCCAUCCAGUGCCGUAUCACGACCGAGGACCCUUCCAAGAACUUCCAACCCGAUACUGGCAAGAUCGAGGUGUACCGAUCCGCCGGUGGCAACGGCGUCCGCCUCGAUGGUGGCAACGGGUUUGCUGGCGCAGUUAUCACCCCAUACUACGACUCCAUGCUGGUCAAGUGUACUUGCCAUGGCUCCACCUACGAGAUUGCGCGCAGGAAAAUGCUCCGCGCGCUAGUCGAGUUCCGAGUCCGUGGUGUCAAGACCAACAUCCCCUUCCUUGCGUCUCUCUUGACUCAUCCUACCUUCAUUGACGGAAACUGCUGGACCACCUUCGUCGACGAUACCCCCCAGCUGUUCGACCUCAUGGGCAGCCAGAACCGCGCCCAGAAGCUGCUGGCCUAUCUGGGAGACAUCGCCGUCAACGGAAGCAGCAUCAAGGGCCAGAUUGGCGAGCCCAAGUUUAAGGGCGAGAUCAUCGUUCCCGACCUCUACGACAAUGCUGGACAGAAGAUUGAUGUCAGCGAGCCAUGCACCAAGGGCUGGAGAAACAUCAUCGUGGAACAGGGCCCCAAGGCUUUCGCAAAGGCCAUCCGGAACUACAAGGGCUGCCUGCUCAUGGAUACCACCUGGAGAGAUGCCCACCAGUCUCUCCUUGCGACUCGUGUGCGGACAGUCGACCUCCUGAACAUUGCCAAGGAGACUAGCCACGCAUUGCACAACCUCUACAGCUUGGAGUGCUGGGGCGGCGCAACCUUUGACGUGGCCAUGCGCUUCCUGUACGAGGAUCCGUGGGAUCGCCUCCGUAAGAUGCGGAAGCUGAUCCCCAACAUCCCCUUCCAGAUGCUUCUUCGGGGUGCCAACGGUGUCGCCUACUCGUCUCUGCCGGACAAUGCCAUUGAGCACUUCGUUGAACAGGCCAAGAAGAACGGCGUCGACAUCUUCCGGGUGUUUGACGCCCUGAACGAUAUCGACCAGCUCGAGGUUGGCAUCAAGGCUGUUCAGAAGGCUGGUGGUGUCACCGAAGGUACCGUCUGCUACAGCGGAGACAUGCUCAACCCCAAGAAGAAGUACAAUUUGGAGUACUACUUGGAUCUCGUCGACAAGCUCGUGGCUCUCGAUAUCGACGUUUUGGGCAUCAAGGACAUGGCUGGUGUCCUGAAGCCCCAUGCGGCCACUCUCCUUAUCGGCUCCAUCCGCAAGAAGUACCCCGACCUUCCUAUCCAUGUCCACACCCACGACUCCGCUGGCACCGGUGUCGCUUCCAUGGUUGCCUGCGCCGUCGCUGGCGCUGAUGCCGUUGAUGCCGCGACCGACAGCCUGUCUGGCAUGACUUCGCAGCCUAGCAUCAACGCCAUCCUUGCCUCGCUCGAGGGCAGCGAUUUGGAUCCUGGUCUGAACGUUGACCACGUUCGGGCUCUCGACACCUACUGGUCCCAGCUUCGCCUGCUCUACUCACCUUUCGAGGCUUACCUCAACGGUCCCGACCCAGAGGUGUACCAGCACGAGAUUCCGGGCGGCCAACUCACCAACAUGAUGUUCCAGGCCGCUCAACUCGGUCUCGGCUCGCAGUGGUUGGAGACGAAGAAGGCGUACCAGCAAGCCAAUGCUCUCCUUGGCGACAUUGUCAAGGUCACUCCUACAUCCAAGGUCGUCGGAGAUCUUGCCCAGUUCAUGGUCUCCAACAAACUGUCGGCCGAAGAUGUCAAGGCGCGUGCUGGCGAGCUAGACUUCCCAGGCUCCGUGCUCGAAUUCCUCGAGGGCAUGAUGGGUCAGCCAUAUGGCGGCUUCCCCGAGCCUCUGCGCAGCAAUGCCCUCCGAGGGCGCCGGAAGCUCGACAAGCGGCCUGGUCUCUUCCUCGAGCCUGUCGAUUUCGCAAAGGUCAAGCGCGAGCUCGGCCGCAAGUUCGGUGGCCCCGUCACCGAGUGCGAUAUUGCUUCGUACGUCAUGUAUCCGAAGGUGUUUGAGGACUACAAGAAGUUUGUCAGCAAGUUCGGAGAUCUCAGCGUGCUCCCGACCAGGUACUUCCUGUCGAAGCCCGAGAUUGGCGAGGAGUUCCACGUCGAGCUGGAGAGGGGAAAGGUCUUGAUCCUCAAGCUCCUCGCCGUCGGCCCGCUGUCGGAGAACACGGGCCAGCGAGAGGUGUUCUACGAGAUGAACGGCGAGGUCCGCCAGGUCGCGGUCGACGACAAGCAAUCGGCGGUGGAGAACGUCAGCCGGCCGAAGGCCGACCCGACCGACUCGAGCCAAGUCGGUGCUCCGAUGGCCGGCGUCCUGGUCGAGCUGCGUGUCCGCGACGGCACUGAGGUCAAGAAGGGCGAUCCGCUUGCGGUUCUGAGCGCCAUGAAGAUGGAAAUGGUCAUAUCUGCGCCCCACAACGGUAUCGUCUCCCAGUUGGAGGUUCGGGAAGGCGACUCGGUCGACGGGUCGGAUCUGGUGUGCCGCAUCGUGAAGGGCGACAAGAAAUAGUUGAUCGAAUAUCUAGGGUUCUGGGAUCAUACACGGCUUAGAAUGCGGUUCGCGACCGGGACUGAGAUUGUUACUAUUUGUUUACGUUUAAGUAUCUCGUCUGGGAAUUUCAUAAAUAUCUAUCUUGCGCAUUCUUCAUGCCUCUGCGCAACAUCAACCUUGCGGGUCCGCUGCGAGAGGGGCGGCUUCAGAGCCGUCAACUUGACCAGAAAUCCGAUCCAACCUAGGCUGCGAAGUUAUUGUGUUGGCUCAGCAUGGGGGGAGGCGCAGCAACCCUCUCCGGCCCAGCUUGUCCUCAGUAUGCUAAUAAAACAGCCGCUGCCGCGCUUAAUAUGGAAGGACGCAGUCUUGUCUUUCGGUUCGAAAAAGG